CAUCACUCUCCCCAUUUGCCGUCCAGAUACAUCCUCUUCAUCUCCUUCUCUAAACCAUCAAGCAAACCCUCAUGUAAAACCAUCAUCGAUUCCUCUUCCAUUCGAAUUCCGUCCUUCUCGAGGGGUGAUGGAGGAGUCGUCGGCGACCUAUGGCUCCUCUGGUUCCAGGGCUGUGAAGAUCAUACCCUUGCAGCAUCCUUCGACUUCGGCUUCGGCUGCGGCUCUUCCCUCCGAAUCCUGGAUCGGAGGAUGGGUUUCGAGGCUCCGGGCGAUGUCGGCUAUUGAGUGGGUGGACUUGUUUCUCCCUUGCGCACGCUGGAUCCGGAGUUAUCGUGUGAAGGAUUACCUCCAAGUCGAUCUCAUGGCUGGCAUCACCGUUGGAGUUAUGCUCGUUCCUCAGUCGAUGUCAUACGCAAAGUUAGCAGGGCUUCAUCCAAUUUACGGGCUAUACUCUGGCCUGGUCCCUAUUUUUGUGUAUGCUAUAUUUGGUUCAUCGCGACAGCUUGCAAUUGGUCCAGUGGCACUUGUAUCUCUUUUAGUCUCUAAUGUAUUGGGUGGGAUUGUUCAUUCCUCAGAUGAGCUAUACACGGAACUCGCUAUAUUAUUGGCAUUUAUGGUUGGGGUGUUGGAAUGUCUAAUGGGAUUGUUAAGGCUCGGAUGGCUAAUUCGUUUCAUUAGCCACUCCGUCAUUUCUGGCUUUACCACUGCUUCAGCCAUUGUAAUUGCAUUGUCCCAGGCAAAAUAUUUCUUGGGAUACAAUAUUGUUCGAAGCAGCGAAAUAAUACCACUUAUCAGGAGCAUAAUUGAUGGAGCAAGUGAUUUCUCUUGGCCCCCUUUUGUGAUGGGUUUUGCUAUGCUUGGAAUUCUUCUCACAAUGAAACAUUGGGGUAAAUCAAGAAAGAGCUUGCGAUUUCUGAGAGCAUCAGGGCCUCUUACAGCAGUUGUGCUGGGUACAGCUUUUGUGAAAAUAUUUCAUCCACCUUCAAUUUCUGUGGUUGGUGAGAUACCACAAGGCCUUCCAAAAUUCUCCAUUCCUAAAGAGUUUCAGUAUGCACAAUCUCUGGUCCCAACUGCAAUGCUGAUCACUGGUGUUGCCAUUUUGGAGUCAGUAGGGAUUGCUAAAGCUUUGGCAGCGAAGAAUGGGUAUGAAUUGGACUCAAAUCAAGAAUUAUUUGGUCUUGGUGUUGCAAAUAUUUGUGGUUCAUUUUUUUCUGCAUACCCUACUACAGGUUCUUUUUCUAGGUCAGCUGUAAACCAUGAGAGUGGGGCAAAAACUGGGUUGUCUGGAAUUAUAAUGGGAAUUAUUAUGGCAUGUGCCCUUUUGUUUUUGACACCAUUAUUUGAAGAAAUACCACAGUGCGCAUUGGCUGCCAUUGUGAUAUCUGCUGUGGUGGGUCUGGUGGAUUAUGAAGAAGCUUUGUUCUUGUGGCGCGUGAAUAAGAAGGAUUUUCUUCUUUGGACAAUUACUUGCAUUACAACAUUAUUUUUCGGAAUUGAGAUUGGUGUCCUUAUAGGGGUUGGCUUCUCCCUUGCAUUUGUCAUUCAUGAAUCAGCAAAUCCCCACAUAGCUGUGUUAGGGCGUCUUCCUGGAACUACUAUUUACAGAAACACACAGCAGUAUCCUGAAGCAUAUACAUACAAUGGAAUUGUUGUUGUCCGAAUUGAUGCACCCAUCUACUUCGCUAACAUAAGCUACAUAAAAGACAGGUUAAGAGAGUAUGAACUAAAAGCUUCUGGAAUCACUAAACGAGGGCCUGAAGUUGAAAGAAUCUAUUUUGUGAUAAUUGAGAUGUCCCCUGUUACAUACAUAGACUCGAGUGCUGUUCAAGCUCUCAAAGAUUUACAUCAGGAGUACAAAUCUCGUGGCAUCCAGAUUGCCAUAGCCAACCCAAACCGGGAUGUUCAUGUUUCUCUUUCUCGAGCCGGUCUUAUUGAUCUGAUCGGUAAGGAAUGGUGUUUUGUGCGGGUGCAUGAUGCUGUGCAAGUCUGUCUCCAGCAUGUGCAGAGCCUGGAUGGUUCAGCAUCAAAGGAUUUUUCAGACAAGACGCCCAAGAGACAUCUGAGUUUCUUGCAGAAUCUUUGGAAACAGGAAGGUGACCCAAAUAUGGAGCCUCUCUUGCCUCAGUCGCAACCCUAGGAUUGUUGUUUUAUUAUUAUUAUUAUUAUUAUUAUUAUUAUUAUUAUUAUUAUUAUUUUAAUGUCAUUCAUGAAACCAUGUUAUUUGUAUUUAAUUUUAUUGCCAGCUUGAUUCUUGUGUAAUACUACAUUGUUUUGGAACCACCUAUAUGUAACCGCAUGGUUGAAACAAUAGAUGGUACUCUUUUUGUUACCCGCUUUGAUUCUUGUGUAAUAAAACCACCUAUAUGUAAUUGCAUGGUUGAAACAUAAUGCAAAUUUUUUCUUGAGAUCACAAUAUAUGAUGAUAUUCUUAGUAUGGUAUCAUGAAAAAAGUACAAUAUAAUCACAGCAUAUAAUAAAUAAGCACAAACAAACUCAUGCCCAAGACCAACAAUACCGAUUCAAUAUCAAGAAACAGGACAAUAGCAAGAAGAUGCAGAAUUUAA